AUGGAAGAUUUACAACUAUCUCUGUUACGACAACCUGACUUAGAUCAUGUUGGAAACUGCACAACAACGAUUCCUUUCGACCUCAUCAUCGAGAUACUCUCUCUACUUCCUACGAAAUCGCUCCUCCGAUUCCAAUCUGUGUCGAAGCUGUGGUUCUGUACUAUCCGCAGCAAAUCUUUUGUCGACUCGUUCCUUACUAGGUCAAUGACUCGACCUCGUAUCCUUUUCACGUCCUAUCACAAAGAGUCACAGAAGAGUUUCAUUUUCUCAGCUCCUGAAUAUGAAAACAACGACGAUGAUAAAUAUUCUAGUGUCAUGGCAAGAUACGACAUGACGAUCUCGGAUCCUGACUACUACAUGAUAUAUGGUUCUGUCAACGGUUUUUACUGCUUUGUAGGUGUUUCUUCAAACCCUCUUUGUAAUUUGAUCACCGUUUAUAAUCCCACCACUAGGCAGAUUUUGAAGUUGCCAGACGUUAUGUCCAACGGAAGACAUGUGGACGCACUUCUUGGGUAUGAUCCAGUCGAAGAUCAGUACAAGGUGUUGUGUGUGGUGAUGUUCGAGCCUGAAAGGCAAGAUAACCAACAUGAUUAUUUUGUUUGCACUCUGAGUUCAUCUCAGAAACAAGAGUGGAGAAAGAUAGAUAACCCCAUCGGAGAUAGUUACAACAGCACCGUCUUCGGACAUACAUGCAUCGAUGGUUCUCUAUACUACGGAGUUGGUGAGUCAAGAAUGGUUAGAUUCGAUGUUAGAUCAGAGAAAAUUGAGUUUAUUAAAAUACCCAAAACAUCACAUAUCUCCACAUUAUACCAUUCCGCUCUUAUAAAUUACAAAGGUAAAUUGGGUGGUUUAGAACGUUCUUAUACAGAAAAUUUGAUAACAUUGUGGGUUCUUGAGGAUGCUGAGAAACAAGAAUGGUCGAGCAUGACAUGUGACUUACCUUAUCAGGACGCUACACUUGCGAGUGUAGUCCCUCAAGGACUGAUCCAUGGGGGCGACUCCAUGGUGUUUUGUCCACCAUUUUGUGUUUGUUAUUAUGAUUUUGAAAAAAAGAGUAUAAGAACAGUCGAGAUCAGAGGAAUAGAGGAUGGUGAUCUCAGACUCCUUGGGUUCGGCAAGCUAAUUGGUGAAACAUUAUGUCAUCCAAGUCACAUUGAGAAUAUUAGGUUCUUGUGA